AUGGGGGAGGAUUACGAAGUAAUUGAGGAUGGAGGAUUUGACGAUUAUGCAUCCAACUCAGAUUGUGAAUUUUAUCCCAAAGAAGCGGGGGAAGAGGAAGCUAAGGAUGCAGAAAAUGAUGAUAUUGUGGAAAUAAUCAAUGAUGCCGCGUCAAAUGGCGAAUUUAUUGCUCUAGGUACUAUCCCCAGGGUAGGGCAAUCCGAUAUCAUUUCCAGCCAAACAACGAAAACCAACAAUAAGUCAAGCAACAAAGUCAAUAGAAGGUAUAAGAAAAAUUGCACUGAAUCUAAGGCUGGUGAUAAUACAUCAAUUACUCCAACUUCGUCGCACAAAAAAGACGCUAGAUUAACAAGUUCUACAAACGUACUUCCAUACUCUAUAUUCUCAAAAGUCACUGUAAAUCCAACCAUCACUAAUGGUCCACAAUUAAAUGUGAGCGGUGAUGAGUAUGUGACGAUAAAUUUUCCCGUUUGUAAAAUGCAAUCGCAACAGAGACUCUAUAUUGAAGCACUACAAUCGGCAAUUAAUAAAAACUGGAGCUUUAUAAAUGCCCAUCCUGAUUGUAUUGAUUUGGCCUUGGAAUUAGGGAUGAAAGCUGCCAGGGAUGAAUUGAUUAAUGGAAAAGGUAGAGUGCCCGCAACUACUGCCACAAAUGCUAAUUCUGACAGUGAAAUUUAUCAUACAUUAGAAUCGCUGAAUAGAAAUGUAGAAAGGGUUAAUAUUUACGUUGUGGCAUUGGAAAUGAUACAAACUGUAAAUCCUAACAGUACAUCCAAUUAUUUUCACACGAUUAACUAUAAAGUCACUGACCCUUCUGUGUUUAAUAAUGAAAAAUUUGCUAAGGUAGAUUUCUCACUUCAGCUAAAAUUCAAGUUGCAUCCUGGUAAUGGUAUAAACUGCGAAGAGAAAGAUUGUAAUUGUCACUUUCAUAUAUCAGCAGGAGACAUAAUAAGGGCCAGAAGAGUUAAAGUCAAGUACAACUCGGAUAAUAACAACUUUGUCCACGUAAAUUUGUAUAUUAUUGGUAAGGUUACAUCUAUUCGUUUAUGGAAUUUGGACAAGGAGGAUUUUAACAUACUUUACAAUGGUAUCAAUACAACAAUAACAGAUUAUGAUUUGGAGAGGGUGCAGACGCUGAAAGGAUUUGCUAAAAGAAUUUUAAGUGAGAAUGAACUAUUGUGUAUAUCUUCAUAUAUGAAUACGUUGGAUAACAUAAGUACUGCACCACAGGAUUAUCUGUGUUUUGUCAAAUAUGCUGAAAAGGAUUCCAUUUAUGUCAUUGAUAGGCCGGAUCAGGCGCCUGUCAGAGUCACAUUCUCAUUGUUAAUUGCAAAGAAUGUAUUGGAAUCCAAAAAUCCAAUCUCUCCCGGAGAUUGGAUCAAGUUGAGAUCAUUUCGUAGACCUCUUGAACCCGGUAAAACAAUUGGUCCCUGUUUGUCCUGUUCCGACAUUGCUAGAAUUACUAGACUUUGGGAAGGAUGCAAAGAAGUAGUUACUCUUAAAGAAUAUUUUGCCAAGUCAAACGAAUACUUCAGGGUCGAUUCCAAUGUACAACCUUUUAGAUCAAUUGGAAUGCCAAGUUAUAUCAAACGACAGCGUUAUAGUAGUAGAUCGGGGAAUUUGAUAGAUCGGGUAGAGAAUACAAGGCCAUCGUUAAUAUCCGAGGCUACCAAAUUCUCUUCUGUAUUUCCAACAGAUGGAGUUCAUCAGUUUCCAGUCAAACUCACUGGGCUGAAGAGGAUGAACAAGGCGCAAUCUCAGGAAUUAGAGGAGGGGGAGAUAGUUUUGUAG